CACCCCACUAGAAUAACAUUGCAUUACCAAUCAAUUCACGCUAUAAAUGGCCACUUUGAGUCUCACGUCUUUCACACAAACGAAAAUCCAGUCCUCACACUAAGCCUCUCUUUGUCUCUACCAUUGUUCUCACUCUUCUUUCUCCCGCUCUCAUAUUACCUCCAUAGCUUAGCCAGCCAUAUAUAUCAUUGUAUCAAUGGGUACGGAGAUGAAUAUGCUUCCCAAAUGUGAAGCCAAUUACGCUGCUCUUACACCAACGACUUUCUUGAAGAGAGCCGCGGCGUUUUAUGCUAACCGCACCUCCCUCAUCUACGAAGGCACCCGCUUCACUUGGCACCAAACCUACGACCGCUGCUCCCGUCUUGCCUCCUCUCUUGUUUGUCUCAACAUUGUCAAGCAUGAUGUUGUAUCAAUCCUGGCUCCUAAUGUUCCGGCAACGUACGAGAUGCACUUUGCGGUGCCCAUGGCUGGUGCGGUGCUCAACACCAUCAACACCCGCCUUGAUGCGAAGAACAUAGCUUCCAUUCUCAAACACUCAGGCGCCAAGGUCUUCUUUGUGGACUGCCAGUUCGUCCCGGUGGCGCGUGAGGCUCUCAAAAUCCUUAUGAACAAUUCCGAGCCCUCCAUGAUGCCGUUGGUCAUCGUGAUUGAUGACAUCGACUCACCCACAGGUGUUCGAUUGGGCGAACUGGAGUAUGAACAACUCAUCCACAAGGGCAAUCCCGGGUUUGCCUCCGUCGAGCUUGACGACGAGUGGGACCCAAUAGCUUUGAAUUACACUUCUGGCACGACGUCUGAACCCAAAGGCGUUGUGUACAGCCACAGAGGUGCUUACUUGAGCACUUUAAGCCUAAUCCUGGGUUGGGAAAUGGGGAGCGAGCCUGUUUAUCUAUGGACGCUCCCCAUGUUCCACUGCAACGGCUGGACCUUCACUUGGGGUGUGGCGGCACGCGGCGGAACCAACGUCUGCCUCCGAAACACCACCGCCUACGACAUCUACCGCAACAUCAAACGACACCAGGUCACCCACAUGUGCUGUGCUCCCAUCAUCUUCAACAUUCUCCUCGAGGCCAAACCCCACGAGCGCUGCGAGAUCGUCUCCCCUAUUCAGAUACUUACCGGUGGAGCACCACCCCCAGCUCCGCUGCUGGAGAAAAUAGAGCCGUUGGGUUUCAAGGUGACACAUGCAUAUGGCCUGACUGAAGCAACCGGACCGGCUUUGGUUUGCGAGUGGCAGGCCAAGUGGAACAAGCUUCCCAAGGAGGAACAAUCAAAUCUUAAAGCAAGGCAAGGAAUAAGCAUUUUGACUCUGGCUGAUGUUGACGUGAAGGACUCGGAAACAAUGGAGAGUGUUCCUCACGACGGCAAAACCAUGGGGGAGAUUGUGCUGCGUGGGAGUAGCAUCAUGAAGGGUUACUUCAAGGACCCAAAGGCCACCAACAAAGCGUUCAAGAACGGCUGGUUCUUCACCGGCGAUGUCGGUGUUAUCCACCCAGAUGGUUAUUUGGAAAUCAAAGACAGAUCGAAAGACGUGAUCAUUUCAGGAGGUGAGAACAUUAGUAGUGUGGAAUUGGAGAGCGUGCUUUACAGACACCCCAACAUUCUGGAAGCGGCGGUGGUGGCAAUGCGUCACCCACGGUGGGGAGAGACUCCUUGUGCUUUCGUGGCCCUUAGAAACAACGACUCUAACGUGAAAGUAAGCAAGCCUGAUAUCAUCAGUUAUUGUCGGAAGAACUUGCCGCAUUUUAUGGUUCCGAAAAGGGUUGAGUUUGUGCCUGAACUGCCGAAAAAUUCAACCGGGAAGAUUCUCAAGUUCGAGCUGAGGGAACGGGCAAAGGCCUUUGAACCGGUCGACGUAUCGGAAAAUCAGCAGCAAGCCGUCAUGGAUUCUCACCCUUCUCGCUAUAACGAGCAGACUCUGGCUUUCUCCCGGCUUUAAAUUUUACUUUUGUUUUGCUUAAUGCCUUAAUCCAAUUGAGGUAACUUGGCUCCCAAGUUGGGGAAACGUGAAAUAGUAAGAAAAUAUGUUGUUGCUGUUACAUGCAUAAUCAAACGUGUAAGCCCAAUAUUGGGAUAACAUUCAACCGCUACUGAAGCUAUAUGUCUUUAUUGUUGUAUGAUAUGGGCCCUGGUUGGUCUCAACUAUUAUGCGACUAUGCAAAUUCCUCGUAAUCU